AUGUCCGAGAAGCGUAAAAGUUCUGCCGAUGAUUCGUCUGAAUCAAAGAAGAAAACACAACAAUACCACAAUGGUUACCUUGAAUAUGGUUUCAUUGAAGGCCAGGAUCGUACUCGGCCAGAAUGUGUAUUUUGUGGAGAGAAACUUGCCAAUGAUAGCAUGAAGCCGAGCAGGCUAAAGAGGCACCAGGAGACCAGGCACAGCCAUAACAUUGGUCAAAGUCGAGAAUAUUUCGAGAAAAAGAAACAGGUGGCAAUCUCAAAACAAUCUCAGGAUAUCAGGAAAGCGUUUGGAAGAGUAGGUAGUGAUUUACUCGCAGUCACUGAAGCGUCAUUUGACUGUUCGCUGUUAAUAGCACAGACCAAAAAGCCGCACAAUAUCGGAGAGCAGCUAAUCAAAUCUUCGUGUCUGAAAAUUGUGCAGAGGUUGUUUGGAGCUCAUGCUGUUGACAAAGUGAAAACUCUACCCCUCUCGGACAGCACAGUCAAAGACAGGAUUGACAAAAUGGCUGGUGAUUGCCAAAACCAGCUGCUUGAUAAACUGAGAAAUGUUGAUUUCGCAAUACAGCUGGAUGAGACCACAACAGUCGCAGGCGAGUCCGUCCUCAUUGUGUAUGUGCAAUAUGUUGAUGGUGAGGACUUGAAACAAGACAUUCUUAUGUCUAAAAAUCUCGAGACAACAACAACUGGCAAGGAUGUCUUCAUGGCUGUGGACUCAUACCUAUCAUCCAACAAUCUGUCCUAUGAAAACCUGGUGGCUUGUUGCUCUGACGGGGCCGCGGCUAUGAUGGGCAAAAACAAGGGAUUUAACAGCCGUCUGAAGGAAAAAGCACCCCAUUGUUUGAUUUUCCAUUGCAUGCUACAUAGGCAAGCACUGGCGAGUAAAAAACUGUCAGAAGACCUCAGCGAGACCCUGUCAACUGUUGUUAAAGUUGUCAACUUCAUUAAAACUCGUCCAGGCAACAAGCGACUCUUCACCCAGCUGUGCGAGGAUGAAGCGCAUCAAACACUGCUGCUACACACAGAGGUCCGGUGGCUAUCGCGAGGAAAGGUGCUUGUGCGUUUUAUGGAGCUACAAGAAAAAAUAAAGGAGUUCCUGAAAGAUCACAAUCGUCGACUGUGUGAACAGUUGACUGAAGAGUUUUGGAUCAAAACGGCAUACCUGGCGGACAUGUUCUCGCUUUACAACGAGACGAACAAGCGAAUGCAAGGACCGGAAUCAAACAUAGUGCAUUGCAAAGACGCCCUGGACGCUUAUGUGUGCAAACUGAAUUACAGAGUGGAAAAAAUGUCAUCUGGUGAAUUGCAGCACUUCCCACUGUUGCAGAAGCAGUCCGCUGGGACUGUGCGUGCGUCUUUACGCACCGAGUUCACGAGGCACAUGAACAUGCUUCGAGAGGAGAUAAACAGCCGAUUCGCGGACCUGAUUGCACCACUCUCUGGAGAGCUGUCUGUCCUGCUUUGUGCUGUUCCCAAACCAAGUGGAGAUAUUUCCUGUCAGGAUGUUCUCAAUGGUACAGGAGUUAAAGUUCCUCAGCACCCUCGGAGGAAGAUGGAAGUUUCUGAGACAUCUUAG